AUAAUCAAGGUGAAAUGUAUGAGAAAUCACUAAAAUAUAUCAACAUGGGAUUCACGGGGAUGUUCAGCGUUGAGACAGUACUGAAAAUAAUUGGAUUUGGUGUAAAGAAUUUCUUCAAGGACCCAUGGAACAUUUUCGAUCUCAUUACUGUUGUGGGCAGUAUCGUAGAUGCGCUAUGGAUGGAAUUCGGGCACGAUGCAACUGACGCAACU